CAGUCAAAAUAAGCAGCCAGUGUUCGAUAAAGACAGCUCCUCUUAGCAAGAAUUGUCAUCCCCAAACACGUAGAGAGACAUUUUCUCUGUCUCUCAAUUAAAAUCAUUAUUUCCAGAAUGGAGAAGAAGAUGAUGAAGGUAUUGAUUAUAUUUGCUCUUGGAACGAACUACUGGUCUUGCUCAGGUUUCCCAGUGUAUGACUACGAUCCAUCCUCCUUAAGGGACGCCCUCAGUGCCUCUGUGGCAAAAGUGAAUUCCCAGUCACUGAGUCCGUAUCUGUUUCGGGCAUUCAGAAGCUCAUUAAAAAGAGUUGAGGUCCUGGAUGAGAACAACUUGGUCAUGAAUUUAGAGUUCAGCAUUCGGGAGACUACAUGCAGGAGGGAUUCUGGAGAAGAUCCCUCUACGUGUGCCUUCCAGAGGGACUACUAUGUGCCCACAGCUGUAUGCAGAAGCACCGUGAAGGUAUCUGGCCAGCAGGUGCAGGGCGUGCGUGCUCGCUGCAGCUGGUCCUCUUCCACGUCUGAGUCUUACAGCAGUGAGGAGAUGAUUUUUGGGGACAUGUUGGGAUCUCAUAAAUGGAGAAACAAUUAUCCAUUUGGUCUCAUUCCAGAUGAGUCCAUAAGUGAACAAUUGUAUGAUCGAUCACUUGAGAUCAUGAGAAGGGCUUUUCCUCCUGGAAAUAGAAGGUACCCAAAUUACCGGCACAGAGCAAGAAUAAAUACUGACUUUGAGUAACAGUCUUGAGGUUCUGAUCCCACACUGUCUACCUUGCUUGCUGUCUUCACGCUUAUCAUGAACAUGGAGAAGACUCUGAUCCUUGCCCCGUGUAAACUCUCUAAUGGUUGCUUCAGUUGUGGGACUGAGCAGAGCUGGACAGCAACCUGACACUGAACAGCCUAUCUACCCCAGUUCUGUAGAAAGCUAGAGAUGGAGUCCUGGUUCAUCACUCUGACACUGAGCUUCAUAGAGUCCCACAUGUGUAUAAAUUCCCCAUAACUAGCGAUGGGAUUGGAGCAAAUGUAGCUAUUAUGAAGGGCACGCGUAAGAAGAAUCUCAAGAUGGAAUGAUAGAUGUUGAUUCCAUACAUAGGUAUUUUACACACACACACACACACACACACACACACACACACACACGUGUUAAUAAUGAAGCUGGCAUGUUCACAGGCUUUACAGUCUGUGUAAUGCUGCAUGCUUAUGGGAUAAAGUCUAAACUCCCAGUGUAGCUCACGAUGGCUUUCACCACCUGGCUCUGGCCACAUCUCCAGCCUCACCUCUCCCAAGUCCUCCUGGCCCUCCGCUCCUGUAGCACUGAGGUGCUUGCAGCUUCUUUGGCUGCUGCCUCUACCGGGAUCAUCCACUUGAGUAGUUCUGCCUCAUUGUUCAGGUCCCAGCUCAGUUGUCGCUUCCCUUUGGAGGUCCUUGCUGAUACCACAAACCACAACCACUGGAUUGGAGAUGAUGUCCCUGAUUGGGCCUCUGUAAGGUUCUCAUCACAGGGCCUGCAAUUGGCUGUCUCCUGACACCCAUCUGACUACCAGACUCCCUAAGAGCAGGUCUCAAGGAACUUCAGCUGCCACUGUCCCUGGUGCCCUUCACGCAGCCCGGCACAUCCAGUAAAUCACACUCAGUACAUAUUCUUUAAGUGAAUGACAUCCUUCACUUUGGGUUCUUGAAAUUCUUUUUCUAAAAAAUCAGUUAAGCAUAGUAUAAUUAAUUUUUAACCAUGGAAUUUGAAAGAAGUCAACUGACAUUUUACUAAAAUAGAAGGGAAAUUUACCAGUGAGGACUUCUUGGAUGAAAGACACAAAUGGUAGGUUUUCUUUUUAAUCUAUGGUGCAACUCUAAAAAUAAAAACCAGCUCCAUGCUGAGAUCAAGAAACCACUCAUUAUGAAGAAACAGACACAUCAUAUUCCCUUUUUAUAAAUGUAAAUGAUAUCUUUUUUCCUUACAGAACAUCAUGGG